AUGGUAAUAAGAAAAUCAAUCAAAAUGAACAAGAAUCUCCAUUCUUCGACGGCCUUGACCGAGUUUGCCCGGAAUUUUGAUGAAGAACCGAAAACAUUAUUUACGAAGAUUGUGGACAAAAUUACGACGGGUAUUUACAAUACUGGAUCCAGUGCAGUUCUAGCUAAGACUGAAAAUUUUGAUGGUGAAACUAGUGAUGUUAUAGUGAAAGUGGAAAUUCAUGACCCUGAAGCGGAAAACCGUCAGUCUUCUGACGAUGUUUCUAAUCUAAUAACUAAUAAUAUGUCAAUUUCGUCAGAGGAGUGUCCACUGGACAUCAAUAUAUCGCAAGGGCGAACUUCAAUCAACGUCCUGAAACGAUUGAUAAACCUGGUAUCACAAAAACCAACUAAUUAUAAAAACUACAAACACACUGAACUACAGAAACUUUGGAUGCCAGAUUCCACUUCAAUUGAGUGCUAUGAUUGUUCAGCAAAAUUCUCGACGUUUCGAAGGAAGCAUCAUUGUCGUUUGUGUGGUCAAAUCUUCUGCACGAAAUGCUGCAAUCAAGUUGUACCGGGAAAAAUCAUUAAUUGUUCUGGAGACUUAAAAGUAUGUACGUAUUGUUCGAAAGUAGUUUUAACUUAUUUGAAAUCACCAAACAUUGCCGCUGAUUUAAAAUCCGAUCUUCGGGCCUUACAAGAGGACCUAUCCAAUAAGCUAUCCACUGGCGCACCUUCAGCUCACAGCGAUGGUGAUUCUUGUGUAACCAAUAUUCAACGUCGUAAAAUCUCUGUUGGCUAUCAGGAAGAACGGUUUGUAUCGACUCAAACCCCAACGAUGUCCAGUGCCGAUAGAAAAACAAUACUCCAGCAGUCAAAUUCAUUACGAGCAUUAUAUGAAGAGAUGAUCAAAGUGCUAUCAAAUCAAAAUCGGGGCCUUGAUUUGAUAGGAUUCCUAAUCAGUACCCAAAAGUCGUCAAAUAACCGCCAAGCGAUAGCAAUUUUGAAUGCAAUGACGGAAGCUGGUUUUCUCAUACCUCUAUCUGUGAAUAUUACCCAGUCGAAUUCAACCGAUUCCGAGACCGAUGAGAUAAGUGUGCUAGCUGAAUUCGACGAAAGUAUGAUCUACAAGUUUCUAUGGAUGGACGAUGAUGUUUCUCAAACUGGGUCGUACGAACUUGAUGUGGACUUCAAGUCUAGUUCAGUACAUCUAAUGCGUCAAAGUAGCGAUCAGGACGAGUUAACCCAAGAAAUAAUUCCACCUUCCGCGCCUGAUGACAUCAAGCUGUAUUACAAUUAUCGAGAAGCUGAAAUGGAAAAUUCUCUCAUGGCAUCAUCAGGAGCAAAAGCACUAUUGGAAUCGUUUUGCGCGCACGAAGACCUGCUACUAAAUCAGCUGCUUAGAAGCGAAAAUAUGGACCCAAAGUGGGCGAAAACAUUAAUUCCAAUUGCAGCCCGCGUUGCAAAUACUGUUCGACCACAGGUAUGUGGCUUAGUGGAUGCGAUGGACAUUCGAAAUUAUGUAUUUUUCAAAAAAGUACCUGGAGGCAAACGCCAUGAAACCCAAAUACUAGGUGGUGUUGCUUUUUCAAAAAAUGUCGUUCACAGACAGAUGAUGUCCCGGAUCGAGAAACCGAAAAUAUUGCUUCUACAGUGCGCCAUCGCAUAUCAGCGUGUUGAAGGAAAAUUUGUUAGUUUUGAUACAUUGAUGUUGCAGGAGCGUGAUUAUCUCAGAAACAAAGUUACAAAAAUUCUCAGUCUUGGCCCUAAUAUUGUGCUGGUGCAUAAAAAUGUAGCUGGAAUUGCGCAAGACAUGCUGCGAAACAAUGGGAUAACACUGGUACUAGAUGUCAAGCUGUGCGUGAUGGAUAGAAUUGCACGCUGUUUGGACUGUGAUAUACUGACGUCGGUUGAUUCUAACGUGGGGCAGCCUAAAUUGGGAACAUGCGAUACAUUCCACAUACAGACAUUUUACGAUGAACAGGGUUCAUCAAAAACGCUUAUGUGUUUCGAGCGUUCAUACAGCCCACGAGGAUGUUGCGUGUUGCUUCGAGGAGGUAGUAAGAGUGAAUUGGUGAAGAUAAAAAAAGUCUUAUCGAUGUUGUUAUUUGCACGUUAUAACUGGCGCUUGGAAUUGGCGUACCUGUGUGACGAGUAUGCCCGACCUCCAUCUCCCAGAUCAAGCAUUUUUGAAUCAAAGGAGACAAGUCCUUCAGAAGAAUUCAAAACAUGUAGUGAAAACCAGUCGAAGAAUACAUCGGUUGUCAAGAAAGUUGACGAAGGCAUUAAAAAAGCUAAUAUUAACAUUGAAAAUGUUCGAGACUUUUCGGAUCCACUGCGAGCUGUCGAUAUUUCGCCCAGUGAUUUUGAGUCGGAGAGCUCUUUUGAAUUAGCAGUGGAGACGCCUUUUGAUAAUCGCUUCAGAACCGCUCUUAGCAGCACUAUCCUGUCUGUUAGCCCGUUUUUUAAUUUUCCUCUACCGUAUUUGGAAACCGAAAACGGACGCAAAUGUCCUUUACGCUGUUACUUUCCCAACGAAUUAUACUAUUCCAAACAAUGGAGUGAUCGGAUAUAUGACAGACAAUUUUCUAUUGACGCGAACCCUAGCGAACCAAUUGAUGCUGUUGAACUCUCACCACCACACGAUUUUACCAUGUAUAGAAUCAUAUCUCCUUUAGAUACUAAAGAGGUGCAGACAAUGCUAGCAAAUUUUCGAGCUUCCGGUGGCCGAUACCCAAAACAAUCAACAAUGCAAAAAGUAACGAGCCGUAGACGUCGCAUGACAACGCUUCCCCAAAAAUCAAUCGAAGAAUAUGUUAAUAAGGAUGCUCUAUGUCUGGAAAACCAUCAACGUUUACCUGUGCUGUUUUGUAGUUUCUAUUAUAAUCCCAAUGCUCCAUCAUCGUUUUGUGCCCAACCUUCUUUCUUGAACAUGCAAUUCUACGGACAAAAUGACAUCAUGCUUGGAGAAUUCCUCGAACGGUACUGCUUUCGUAGUUCAUAUAUCUGUAAAUCCUGUAAUUUGCCUAUGCUAGAUCAUGUUCGACGGUACGUUCAUUCGCAUGGUAGCGUUCAUGUAAAACUCAGCGAAGAUUUUAACAAAGUUGACACGGGUACAAUAUUAAUUACCUCAAAGUGUACCAUUUGUAACGCAGGAACCAAACCGGCUCCAAUGUCCAAUGAUACAUGGUGUUAUUCUUUUGCAAAAUAUUUGGAACAGCGGUUUCACGGCCAUUCGUAUAAACAGAGAGAAAUCGACGAUCAAAGCAAAUGUGAUCACGCACUACAUCGGGAUCAUGUGCAAAAAUUUUCCUACAUGGGCAUUGUUGCCAGUUUCAUGUAUAGCCCUAUUGAUGUUUGGGAGAUUAGCUUACCUUCAAUGAUUGUAAAAUUAAAAGGCUUAAAGGCAUGCAAUCCACAGCAAGUAGUGGAAGAAGUAAAAAAUUUUGCCAUGAAAGGAUACGAAGUGUACGCCAAAAUUUUUGAUAAAUUAGCUGAGCUUUCGGCCGACACGGAUACCUUUUCUAGACUAAAAAAAAUGGCUAAUCAAGAUCAAAUGAAUUUCAAGCAACGUGUUGAGGCAGUUCAAACUCGAUUGACGGAGAAGAUAGUCUCCACGGAAGCAGUCGAGGAUGCGAUGCUGUUGUUUAAAAAAACACUUGCGGAAACAAUAGAUGAAUGGGAACCAAGGUUACAUGAUAUAACGGUACAAAGUAAAUCUAACCCAUCUAAAUCAGGAGCAGUAAGUAUAGACAGUGGUACAAUAGUAACAGAAGACCUCGAUCUAGCUAAAGAAGAUGAUAAUAACCAACAAGCUCCUGGCAAGUGUGCCGUUGUUCCAGCUAACGCAAGUGAUACUACCAUAGAAGCAUCGUCGCAAGAGUCUAUAACGGAAUGCACAAAAACAGAUGAAAAAUUUAUAAAAGACGGAGACCGAAAACGUGUUAAAGGUCUUUUAAGUCAAUUUCUGUCUCCAGCUGAAAAUACACUUAUCUUAAAUUCUCCUCUACCAAGCAACGAACACCACAGUCUAAGAUCUGGGUUGUUUCCCGUUAUGGUCAACGAUCAUGAUUUAUCAUCCUGCAUAGCGCAUAGCUUGGUUUCUUCGGAUUAUAUGAAAGCUUUGGAUAAUAUAUACUCUGGCAAUGUGGCCGGACACAGUCCUCAUUUAAAGCGCAAAUCAUUAGAAGUUAAUUCAAAUCUUGAAUCUGAUGAUUCGGUGCAGUCCAAAACAGAUAAUGCUGAGAGCAGAAAAAGUAAAAAUACUUCUCAUGUCGAUGUUCAUUUCCAGGACACAACUUGUAACUUUACAUGCAAGGUUUACUAUGCGAAAGAGUUUGACAAUCUGCGAUGUAAUUUGCUUGAGGCGCCUAAUGCUACGUCGGACAGCAAGAAUCCAAAACUAAAAUGCAAAAUUCCAACCGAUACCAGAACGCUCGAGGAUGAAGCUAAUCUAAUUCGGAAAAUGUUUGCCCGGUCGCUUUGUCAAAGUGUAGUAUGGGAAGCCCGUGGUGGUAAAAGUGGUUCAAAAUUUAGUAAAACUAUUGACGAUCGGUUCGUCUUGAAAGAAAUGUCAAACAAAGAUAUCUCGAUUUUUGAAGAUUUUGCUCCAAACUACUUCGAAUAUCUCUCCCAAUGCUUAGGCAAGGAACAACCCACUUUAUUGGCAAAGAUUUUCGGAGUUUUCAAGGUUACCAUAAGGAAAAAAGACAACACAUCCUAUGAAAAAACGGUGUUGGUAAUGGAGAACCUGUUCUGUAAUAGAGAAAUAACUGAGAAGUUUGACUUGAAGGGAUCCCUCAGAAACAGAAUGGUUGAUCCAAACAGGCAGUCGGGUGAAAUAGUUCUAAUGGAUGAAAAUUUGAUGCAGAUGUCAUGGACAAACCCGUUAUAUAUCUUAACUCACAGCAGAACCGUCUUGAAGCAAGCGAUAGAUAGAGAUGCUUCAUUUUUAGAGAGGAAUCGAGUGAUGGAUUAUUCCCUGUUGGUUGGAUUGGACAAUAAAGAACGAUUGCUGGUUGUUGGAAUAAUUGAUUAUAUUCGAACUUUUACGUUGGACAAGAAGGUGGAAUCACUUUUUAAACACUCCGUCAGUUCAUUAAGUCAUGGGAAGCCACCAACGGUGAUAAAGCCAAAAGAUUACAAAACUCGGUUUAUCGAAGCAAUGGAUCGAUACUUUCUCGCUGUUCCUGAUCGAUGGGAAGGUUUAGCAAAAAAUAGUUACCUUCAAUAUUCAUCAUGCUGAUAGUGUUUUAGAAUUUAGUGGCAGUCAUUCGCAUUGAAAAUGUAUCCUGUUAUCAAUCAUAACAGAAUGCCCUAAUGCUACGCUCAGAUUAGACUACCGUAAUACACUUAACGGUCUAUGCUCUAUGCGAUUUCUAUAGAACUUGAGAUUUAUUUAUGUGUUUAACGGUGGUAAACUACCCAUAAACACAUAACAGUCCCAUUUGAAUCGGAAAUCAAGCAAACAUGUGACUGUUAAGCUUUCAUGGGCAGUAAAGCUCAUGUAAUAAUUUUUACACAUACAUAUAUUCUCGUGUUCGUUCGAACCGUAUUUUCCAUACCAAAAAAGUAUGGAAAAUAUAAUUCGAUUGAAAACGAAAAUAUGAAUGAUUAUAAAAAAUGUCACCAAGCUAGAGUUGCAACAUCUAAGGGAAGAUGUAUAAAUGACGUAGCAUUUUAGGGUGACCAGCCAUGUAGAAAAAUACGCUAUAAAGGAGAGGGGGUCCAAAGUUGGUGCUGCGUUUAACGUAUGAUUACUUUUCAUGAAGCACCAACUUUGUGUCCUCCCCCUUGUAGCGUAUUUAUAAACAUGGCUGGUCACCCUAAAAGACUACUUCAUUUAUGCAUCUUCCUAAUACAUUCUUACACAGCUAGCUACCAGACCACAAAGGUAUAUUUUAGAUAAUUCACGUUAACUUAAUUAUAAUUUAUAAAUCAUUCUAACCACAUUGCAACAUCAAUUGAACAAUAAAUGUAUCACAAUCGAUAAAUAGAUAUUUUUGGUUGAUAGUGAAAAAUUGUCAAACUAUUCUUUCUUUCAAAAUGUAUGUAUGGGUUCUAUAUUAGGGACAUUAACCCUAAUUGUUAUCCUUAUUGGAAAUUAUACUGACUCAUAACUGUUAAAGGGUCGAAUCAAGCAAUGGAAAUGCAACAUCAUUCCGUUGCUAUGUAUUUUCUUUAUAGCAACCACUGUAUUGUACUAAUAUGAAAUAAAGAUUUUCUUCGAUAGUAGUUCAACCCAGUUUAACCAGGGAGGGAGAAGCAGAUAGCACACACGAAUUUUAUUGUAUACUUGAUCUUCUUGUCAUGAAAAUCAAAAAUCUAUCGCAUCGAAAAUAGAAACAAUUUU